ACACCAGGAGAUAAGGGCUCCGCACCCAACGUUUGUCUCACAUUAGCAACCCGACCCAAAACAAGCCAUCCCGCGCCUCCAAACGGGCCGCGGCCCGCUGGGCCCCAAGCGCGGCCAUGUUUCCGCUGCUAAAUCCUCCCGAGAUGCCGGAAUGCGGUCUCACAUGCCCCUCUAGGCCUCAAGGCUCAUGAACAAGCGUUGGCAUCAGCUGCUGCGUAUGCGUCCCCGCAAGCGCGGCCGCUAUCGCUAUAUGAGCAGGCUCUGAAGAUGCAGCACCCCACCAUGGUUGCCUUCACCGCCCUUGCACUCUCAUCCAUGGUCGCCCUCGGCCUCGUCUUGCUCUCGGUCGUCAUGGCCGCGCCGAUUUUUGACGCGCCCUCCACAUCCCACCGCGGCCGCCUCAAGGCGCGCAUCGGCACCAACCUCUGCCUCGGCGUGAGCGGGACGCGUGACGGCGCCCGCCUCCUCCUAAAAUCAUGCACGCACGCCUCCACCGAAGUCGAGUUUGACGACGACCGCGACCUCCUCAUCUUCCUGCAGGCGCAACGCGUCGCCGAGGUGCCAGCCCGGCGGUAUGGCAACGGCGAAGCUGUGCAGAUCCGUGAUAUCGCGACACACGGCGGCAGCGGCUUCCAGCGCUGGGUGCGUGCCGACUUCCACGGUCGCAGCGGCGGAGGCGUGCCGCGCGGCGUGUGGCAGCAGAUCCGCACGGGAAACCACCGAUACUGCCUCGACGUAAGGGAGGGGAGGGCGGUGGUGGGCGCAGAAGUCCAGCUGCGGGAGUGUGCGCCGUGGAACGACAACCAGUCCUUCAAGUGGAUCUCGUAGCGUUGGAGAGGGGCGGGGUGGUGACGGACCAAGGUGUGGGACAAUGAGGUCUUAGCCGUGUAUUCUCUUGCGAUGUUGUGCAACUUGACUGGG